UUUAUUUUAUCUUAUUUUUUUUUUUUCGUGUUCAUUUUUCUUUUUUCCCUUACAAUAGUAUUUUAUAGAUUGUAAUUACCAAAGAGUAUAUUGAUAAUAUACGUUACAAACAUAUUCAACAUAUAUAUUCUUAAAGUUUUUUGGGCAGAACUAUCACUUUUAAAUUCAUUUCAACAUGUCUACUCCUAUCACCCCUACUCCUACCACGAAUCCCUCAACUGAAUACGACAUGAUCAUUGUCGGUGCUGGUGUCGUCGGCGCUGCCGCUGCUAAGGCCUUUGGUGAAGAUGGUCGUAAGGUCUUAUUGCUUGAACGUGAUUUAAGUGAACCUGAUAGAAUUGUUGGCGAAUUGAUGCAACCUGGUGGUAUGCACGCUUUAAGAAAACUUGGCAUGGAACAAUGCACUGAAGGUAUUGAUGGUAUUACUUGUACUGGUUACAGUGUAUAUCGUCAAGGUCAAUUGGUCGAACUUCCUUACAACAAAGACCCUUAUACUGGAAAACAACAACGCGGCAUUGCUUUCCAUCACGGUCGUUUUAUUCAAAAUUUGAGAAAAUCUGCUGCCAAUACCGAAAAUGUUACAGUAAAAGAAAUGACUGUUUUGCGUCUUUUGACAGAAGACAUCGGCGAUAAGGUUAUUGGCGUUGUUGCUUCUGAAAAGGAGGGACCUGAACAAAAGAUUUACGCCCCUUUGACUCUUGUGUGCGAUGGUAUUUUUUCCAAAUUCAGACGAGAUUUCACCACACGUCAAACCAACGUAAUCUCACACUUUGUCGGUUUCUUACUCCACGACUUUGAACUGCCUUUUCCACAAAAGGGUUUCAUUGCUAUGGCUAAGCCUUCUCCUAUUUUGAUGUACCAAAUUGCUCCUAAUGAUGUCCGUGUCCUUGUGGACGUUCCUGGUGAAUUGCCCAAGGUCUCUAAUGGUGAACUCAAGAAAUAUAUGGAGGAUGUCGUCUGUCCUCAAUUACCUCAAAAUAUGCAAGCUAAAUUCAUGGAAGCUCUCCAAACUGAACGCUUAAGACCUAUGCCCAGCGGUUUUCUUCCUCCUUCCAUCAAUCAGCGUGAUGGUACUAUCCUUUUAGGUGACGCUCUUAACGUCCGUUCUCCCUUGACUGGUGGAGGUAUGACCGUUGCUCUUGAAGAUGUAUUGACGGUUCGUGACCUUCUUUCCAAAGAAAACAUUCCUUCCUUUACUGAAAGUGAAUUGAUCAUCCAAGCCAUGGAUGCUUUCCACUGGAAGCGUAAGCGUUACUCUGCUUGUAUCAAUUGUUUGGCUAUGUCUCUUUAUUCAGUUUUUGCUGCUCAAUCUUCUGAUAUGAUGGUCAUGCAAAGAGGCUGUUUCGAAUAUCUCAAGAAGGGUGGUUAUUGCUCGGAAGGACCCAUGAACCUGCUCGCUGGUAUGACUCAAAACCCUGUUGUUCUUAUUUAUCACUUCUUUAUGGUUGCAAUGUACUCCAUCUAUCUCAUGGUAACUGAAGGAGGAAUCAUCAGUCUUCCUUUUAACUUAUACAGAGCUUUGACUGUCUUCAUUACCUCCUGUUCCACUAUCUUCCCUUUCCUUUGGGGUGAACUCAAGGGUUAAACAGAAGAAAAUUGACGAACUUUUUUUCCCUUUAUAUCAAGCUAUACACACCUUAUACAUACAUACUGUUAUAUAUACAUUAACUUUUUCAUAGCAUUUCUUUGCUUUCAAAGAAAACAUACAUCUCACAACUCAAGCGCUACUGUAAAAAAAUUUAAUUUCCUGUACCAUGUUUUGCCUCUUUUACUUUAUAUCAUGUACCUAAAAGUGCCUAAUAAAUAUCUUAUUCCAUCUAUUUAAUCGUUUUGUCAAUGGAGAGAAGUGAUCUACGACGCUUGAAAAUGAGUAAGAAAUCCAUGAACUAACCAUUUAUCCUGAAGUGCAUUG